UUUUUGCAGAUAGUGAAUAGCCGUAACGACAAUCAUCAAAUCGAAAGAGUGAGACGGUUAAAUAGUUUUUUAAAUAUAAUAGACCAUACAAAGAGAAAAAAAACCUCCUCUAUAGGGGUUACAAAACCAAAAAAAAGGAGUAAUUGAUUUACUGUGGUUCCAAAAAGUUAUGUGAUUUUAUUUCACAAUAACUUGCUAACUUUUGCCCCUACACGUAAAUUAAUGUAACACUGCAACCAACCACCAGCAGCGGUCGAAGAAUAAUUUAACAAACCAACAUUUAUUUUUCUGGUCAAAUUCAAAACAACAUGGAAAGAUUUGCUGAGCCAUCGUCCCAAAUGAUGGGACCAAAAUUCGCAGCCCUCAUGAAUGGAUCGGUGACGGAUAAGGUAACACCCGAUAUGGCCCACUUGAUCCAAGACUAUUGGCAUCAAUUUCCCCCCAUGGAUCCCAUGUGGAAUAAAAUUCUCGCCGCCUAUCUGCUGACUAUUGGUAUACUUGCUUGGAUUGGCAAUGGAACUGUGAUCUACAUUUUUGGCACAACAAAAUCUCUGCGCACGCCAGCCAAUCUGCUGGUCAUUAACUUGGCGGUAUCAGAUUUCGGAAUGAUGGUCCUGAACACACCAAUGAUGGGCACAAAUCUCUACUUUGAGACCUGGAUAUGGGGACCCAUGAUGUGUGAUGUCUAUGCUGGUUUGGGUUCGGCAUUCGGUUGCAGUUCCAUUUGGUCCAUGUGCAUGGUGGCAUUGGAUCGUUACAAUGUCAUUGUCAAGGGUAUGGCUGGACAGCCGAUGACCAUCAAAUUGGCCAUAUUUAAGAUUAUAUUUGUGUGGGCCAUGGCCAGUAUUUGGACAUUUGCCCCAGUGUUCGGAUGGAGCCGCUACAUUCCUGAGGGCAAUUUGACCUCAUGCGGCAUUGAUUAUUUGGAACGUGACUGGAAUCCACGCUCCUAUUUGAUACUGUAUACCAUCUUUGUUUACUACAUUCCAUUGUUCUUGAUCUGCUAUUCCUAUUGGUUCAUUAUUGCUGCUGUAUCUGCCCACGAAAAAGCCAUGCGCGAACAAGCCAAGAAAAUGAAUGUCAAAUCCCUGCGCUCCUCAGAGGAUGCCGAAAAAUCUGCCGAAGGCAAAUUGGCCAAAGUAGCUUUGGUUACCAUCUCGCUGUGGUUCAUGGCCUGGACUCCCUAUCAGGUCAUCAAUACCUUGGGACUAUUCAAAUACGAGGGAUUGACACCACUGAACACCAUCUGGGGAGCCUGCUUUGCCAAAUCGGCCACCGUCUACAAUCCAAUUGUGUAUGCCACAAGCCAUCCCAAAUACCGCAUUGCCUUGAAAGAGAAAUGCCCCUGCUGCGUCUGUGGCAAUGUUGAUGAUGGCAAAUCCAGCGAUGCCACCUCUCAGGCAACUGAGGGUGAAUCCAAGGCGUAAAUCAACCUUGGCCCACCAUCUACCACCAACAAACACGCUCGCCCACCAUCACCUCGGUAGACCACCUACUAAAGUUUAGUAUUUUUGUAUAUUUAAAAACUUCGGAGACACUGCAACUGAUCCUCAUCAGCAACAUAGAACGAAAUCCUUCGUCUAUUUAACGAAAAAUAAAAAAAUUAAUCAAAAGUGUUGUAUUCGUUUUAGCUAUUAAA